AUGAUUUGUUUACCUCCGAUUUCUUUUGAUGACUUAUCAGGAGAGAUGGAAACUAUAAUAUGUAAUGGAAUAGAAUAUAAAGUUUAUGGAGACUAUUUUGCAAGUAUUUCUCCAUUAUAUGCAGAAAUCAGAUUAACAGGAAAGAAUUCAUUGUAUUUAAAAUGCAAAAAUGAAGCAUUUAGAGAGUUUUUAAAUGCAUGCCACAAGAAACCAUUCAUUGUUAGCACUGAAAAUGUUGAUGAUUUGCUAUUAAUAUCAUCAAUUUUUAAAAUACAGAAACUUACAGAUUUAUUAAACUACACUAGAGCAAAUCUUUACAAUCAGAAAGAUGUUAUUGAAACAAUGCAAGCAGAAAUUUCUAAAUUAUCGAAAAAGCUUGACAAACAACACCACGAAAUAGAAAAUCUUAAAAGAUCAAUGAUAAAACUCCCAGAAAGAGCAAAUUCUCCGAUUGGCAGUCAAUCAGAUUUCAAUUCACCAACAUCACUCAAAACAAUCGAAUUUACUGGAAAGCCAAUGAAAGGAAUUUUCUUUUGGCUUCGUCAGCAGACUUCAGAUUCAUUAGCAUCAUCCGGAAUUAUUAAAUGUUCUGCUUCAUCGACAAGCCAUAUAUCAAAUUGUGUAGACGAUAUCGUAGAAAACAUAAGAUUUUGUAAAUGGAUAUCAAUGCCUAAAAAGAGAUCAUGGGUCAAAAUUGAUUUCAUUGAUAAGGUAAUUUCUGUACAUGCUUACACAAUACGCAUCCCAACAGCAUUGGGAAUAGGAUGGAGCCCGAAAUCCUGGAUAGUAGAAGGCUCAACAGAUGAAAUUUCAUGGCAAAUUAUUGAUGAACACAGAAAUAAUAAUGUUUUUGAAAAUGAUGUUAGUAUUUGCACAUGGACAGUUACAGAAGCUGGUCCAUUCAGAUAUAUUAAGAUUACUCAGACAGAAUCAAGUAAUCCUGUUGAUUCUUAUUUUACUCUUUGUGCAAUUGAAUUUUUCGGCGUAAUACAAAACAGACCUUCAUUCUUUGGUUAA